AUGGGCUUUCGAGAUUGGGCCAAGAUGGAGUUCAUGACGGGCGACAUCAAUGAGUUCAUGGACAGGUUAGCAGGAUAUAAAGCAACGAUCUCAGUAGGUCUAGGUAUUAUCGUUAUGCAAACAUCCAAAGUCUCCCACGAAGUACUUGAAGAAUACAACGAGACGAUCCAGGAUACAAUGUACAGCCUUAAUGUCAAUCUACAACGCCUUGAUGAAAAAAUGGAGCUUCUUGUCCAAGAAAGCAAAAGCAUCAGCGCUUCGAAUACAGGCACUGACCUAAGGGACGAGCGGGCUGUGACGGAGCAAUGCCUCCGAAUUUGCCAAGAUGCCCGUUCUUACAUCGACUCACUGGUAGACCGGGAAGAAUCCCUAAAGGAUCAGCCGCUCUCAGAAUCCGUUGCUGAUAGCGAGGCUCCGUUCGAGGCACAAUUGCUUAUACGCCGAACCUUGAAUGAGAGUCGAGACAACCUCGCCCAGACUAUUGGCCGGCUUCAGGAACGGUUGGACUCCAUGGCAACAAGUGGGACGCCCAAGAGUGACCUUGGCUACCUACAAUUAGAGGGAGACUUAAAAACCUCAAAGCAGUGUUUAGAGCUGUGUAAAACUGCAUCUGAGCAGGUUGCAAGUCAAAAGGUCUAUACUGUCGGAAAGAUGAUCGCUGAUGGUGACAGCGAUCAAGUAGUGAUCACGACUCUCGCAGACCUCUUUAAUGUCAAGAAGGCGUCGUCAACCGACAGAUCAGCGCAGUGGAUAGGAUCCUUGUCGGAUGAUACAGCGCGACAAGUGUCUAAAGAUCGGUAUAGUAGUCGUUUCGGUGCUGUGGCCGCGGUUGGGGCUGGCGAUGGCAUUAGCACCAUGCCUUCGACAUCCAACACUCGCGAAGUCAACAGUAGCUUGGCACGACGACCUGGGAAGACAGGGCAGCCAGUAGCGCCAGAGGCAGUGCAUAGGCGGCCUUCUGCAAAUGAGAUGAGAAAACGGGCGAUGGAAGACGGUGAUGAGAAGGAGACACGCCGAUAG